AGCGUGCACUGUCUUUUUAAUUAAAAUCAUUACGACACGAAAGUAAACACAACGCGCGUUGCAAAUUAUUAAUAGAGAUGUUAAGUGCGCAGACACCAAAGCUUUGCAAGGCAGCAAAUUGAAGAUAUAAGUUAUUUUGUUUGAUCGCUUUUAUUCAGGAAUUAAGACAAGUAUGAAAAACCCGAACGUUAAAGGCUUAAUCGCAGCACCGUUUACCCCAAUGAAAGAAAAUGGUGAUCUGAAUCUUUCUGUUUUGAACGACUACGUGGAUCUGUUGGUUAAACAAGGUGUAUACAAUGUGUACGUAAACGGUACAACCGGUGAAGGCUUGAGCAUAAAUAAAGAAGAAAGAAAACUUGCUGCAGAAAAAUGGAUUCAGGCUGGAAAGGGAAAAUUAAGAUGCAUUAUUGUACAAGUUGGGACUUGUAAUCUCUCUGAUACAAAAGAUUUGGCAAAACAUGCUGCAUCAGCCGGAGCUGACGUCAUAGCAACCUUGCCACCCUUUUUCUUUGUACCAAAAACCUUGGAUGUGUUGGUGGAUUAUCUUGCAGAGGUGGCAAACCAAAUUGCGGACGUGCCGCUGAUGUAUUAUCAUAUACCUGAAAUGACUGGUGUUAACUUGGAUAUGGAAAAGCUGAUUCAAAUGGCUGAAAAAAGGAUUCCAAAUUUCGGAGGAAUAAAAUUUAGUUCUGGUGACUUCCAGUUUGGAAGAUGUUGCGCAAAAUAUGGAGAUCAACUUGCACUAUGCUAUGGAAAGGAUGAGCAAGUUGCGGCAGCUUACAUGCUUGGUUGUAAAGCAGCGGUCGGCAGUACAUACAAUUACUGUGGAAUACUGAACAACAAAAUAUAUAAUGCUUGCAUGAAUGGUGAUUACAAUGCUGCUGGAAAACUGCAGAACAAAGUCGCGCAGUUUAUUGGUGUUCUGAUUGAUCAUGGUUUAGAUGUCGCAGUUAACAAAGCUCUUAUGACAAAAGUGACUGGCCUUGAAAUGGGACCCGCUCGAUUACCACUCGGUGCGGUUUCCAAAAAGUCCAUGGAAAUAAUAAUUGAAGAUUUGAAGAAAAUCGACUUUUUCGAAUGGGGGCAGUAAUAUUCCACAUUGCGCAAUGUUGUUAAAUAUUAAAUAUAAACACCGAUGUUUAAACUGUUUUUCCCGAACUGUUGGUAUUUUAACUUUUAUGUUACAAAUUGCCACUAUUAUACCAUACCUAAACCAAUUUAGUUUGUUUAUUUUCCCAUGAAGAGCAACACAAACUGUUUUGGAACUCUUGUUGAUACAAAGCCCUUACUAAUUAAACCAUUUUUUUUCUAAUUAUUCUAAUUACCUGACAAUUUGAACAAGUAUUCAAGUAUUGGAUUUAUUCAUUCUUUAUGUAUUCGGAAUUUUCACACAACAUUUAUAAUCGUCUUAAAAUUUAAAGAAAGAAACUAAAUACAAGGACGGUUAAACAAACUUCACUGCUACUUUUUCACCAACACAAAAUUCCAACAUAUGAUACAAACAAAUUAAAUAUGUUACGGCAUGUAGGUGAUUUGUACACAAAUCGGAAAUUUUAACUCCAUUUACUUAACACCAGAUCAUAAUUACUUUACAACCAGAUUACAUUGCCUCUUAUCAAAAUUAUGAUAUAUUUAAAGCCAU